AUAGGGCUUGUUAUUGCUGAGCCUCAGUGGGAACUCCCACUUACCUGUUUGUUUAUUAGCCACCUAGCCAACAUCCACCUGUUCAUAGCCUGAAGCCAGACCCUAUGACUGAGAUGGGGACAUGGAAAUGACUCAGAUUUGGUCUCUGCUGUCUAGGAAUUCACAGUCAAUGGCAAAAGGCAAAUAACAACACCAUACAUACGUGCACAUGCACACACAAACAGGAUAUUUUCAAAACAGCGUGAUCAGUGCUGUACUCACCAUAUGGUCAAGAUACAGUGGAAGGUUGAAAAACAGGUAAGUGGUUGGGCAUUUGGGUGAGAAGGGGCACUGUAUGCUGGUGUUGAAGUAGCCACAGGAUGAUGAGGGAGACAUGGGUAUGAAAGGCCACCUGAGCCUGUGGCCAGGAGAGAGAGGGCUUGCAAAGGACAGGAAGAAGAUUGCAGGGUGCCAGGAAUAAGAAAAUAGAGGUCCCUUGGUGCGUACCUGCUCCAGCCAGGAGGCCUCAUGUCUGCCUGACCCCCACUCCCUGUUCACCUCCCUGCCACACCUCCACAGGCAGAGCUGACCCGCCUAGGAACCAAGACAAUGCAGCAAGCAACACAACUACAGGUGUCACCCACCGGGCAGAACUCCUACCAGCCCAUCCCCAAUCUCCAGGACAAAGUAGGGACACUGCGUUCACAGCUACAGGUGUCACCAAGUGUGCAGAGCUCCUACCAGCCCAUCCCCAAUCUCCAGGACAAAGCAUGGACAUUGUGUCCACAGCUACAGAUGUCACCAAGUGUGCAGAGCUCCUGCGAGCCUGUCCCCAAUACCCAAGACAAAGUGGGGACACCACGUUCACAACUACAGGUGUCAUCCAGUAUGCAGAGCUCCUACCAGUCUGUCCCCAGUCUCCAGGACAAAGCAGGGAGACUGCGUUCACAACUACAGGUGUCAUCCAGUGGGCAGAGCUCCUACCAGCCCGUCCCCAAUACCCAAGACAAAGUGGGAACACCAUGUUCACAACUACAGGUGUCAUCCAGUGGGCAGAGCUCAUACCAUUCUGUCCCCAAUGUCCAGGACAAAGUGGGGACACCACAUUCACAGCUACAGGUGUCAUCCAGUGGGCAGAGCUCCUAUCAGCCUGUCCCCAAUACCCAAGACAAAGUGGGGAUGCCGCAUCCACAGCCCCAGCAUGAGCCACCUACACCCAAGGAGACCCUUCUGCAACAGCUGGACAAGGACAAAAUGGUGGCUCGCCGUAUCCCACGCCUCCGGGCUGUGGUUGAGAGCCAGGCCUUCAAGAAUGUCUUGGUGGAUGAGAUGGACAUGAUGCUGUCCCGCGCAGCCACUCUCAUCCAAGCCAACUGGAGGGGCUACCGGCUCCGACAGAAGCUAAUCUCUCAGAUGAUGGCAGCCAAGGCCAUCCAGGAGGCCUGGCGGCGCUUUAAUACCAGGCGCCUCCUCCGGUCUGGCAAGGCAGUGGAAAAAAAAGUGAAGGUGGAGGAGAGGAACAUUCCUUAUCACCCACCCCAGCAGGUGCGGUUCCAGCAUCCAGAAGAGGGCAGGUCCCUUCUGGCCCAGCCCAUCAUGGUAAACAAGGAGACCCAGUUCCCUUCCUCUGACAGCCUGACCUCUUGCGCACACCAAUUAGCCCUGCUGCAGUCUAAAGUCAUGUCACAGCCUGGCAUGCAGGCUACAUGUGCCAUCAGAGAUCCCAAUGUCACCUUCCUGCCACACCAGACGGUCUCCAUCGGACUUCCGUAUCCUGUGAGUCUGGAUGCAAAGUGCCGCCCAUGUCUGCUGACAAGAACUGUCAGAAGCACCUGCCUCGUUCACGUAGGAGGGGACACAAUGAAGACCAAGCAAGUAACUGCCAGAGCCAACAAGGCAGGAGUCCUGGGUCCACCACCAUGUGGAAGGUAUGCCCAGGCAGUUCACGGCCAACUCAAGACCCAGACCCAGGCCCACAUGGAAGCAGAGGUCCUCAGGGUCUCACCCCAGACAGGCCCGGCACCUGUGGUAACCAGGACCUCACCCCAACCGGUGCCCACAGGAACAAUUACCAAGACCCCUCUCCAGAUGUACCCGGCAGCCACAACCAAAACCCCACGCCAGCCUUGUCCAGUGCCCAUGGUAACAAUAACCAAGACCCCACCCCAGAUGUACCUGGCAGCUCCAAUGUCCAAGAUUCCACCCCACACAUACCCAGCUGCCCUGAUAACCAAGACUCCAGCCCAGACGUGUCCAGCAGCCACAAUGAUCAAGACCCCACUCCAGUCAUGCUUGGCCACCAUGAUGAACAAGACCCCACUCCAGCCAUGCCCCACACCAAUGGUCACAGUAACCAAGACCCCACCCCAGGUGUACCAGGCAGCCCCAGCGACCAAGACCCCAGCCCAGACGUGCCCGAUGGCUGCAGUAACCAAGACCCCGGCCCAGACAUGCCCGAUGGCUGCAAUAACCAAGACCCCGGCCCAGACAUGCCCAAUGGCUGCAAUAACCAAGACCCCGGCCCAGACGUGCCCAGCAGCCGCAGUGACCAAGACCCCGCUCCAGACGUGCUUGGCCACCAUGAUGAACAAGAUCCAAUCCCAGCCAUGCCCAGUGCCUACAAUAACAAUAACCAAGACCCCACCCCAGCCGUGCUCGGCGACCCCAAUGACCAAGACCCCAACGCAAAUGCAACCAACAGCCUCAACAACCAACACUUCACCCCAGACGCGGCUGGCAGCCAUGACAACCAAGAUCCCACCCCAGUUGUGCCUGCUGGCCUCGAUGAUCAAGUCCCCAACACAGACACGUCCGGCAGCCACCACAAUGACCAAAGCUCCGCCCCCGACCUGCACCGUGCCUAUGAUGGCCAAGACCUCACCCCAGGUGCGCCCGGCAGCCACAGCGACCAAGACCCCACUGCAGACAUGUCAGGUGGCCACGAUGCCCAAGACCCCGUCUCAUCAGACGCUCCAAGGAGCCUCGGUGACCAAGGCACCUCCUCCCCAGACGCGCCUGGCGGCCAUGAUAACUAAGACCCCAGCGCAGUUACGCUCAGUAGCCACCAUCCUCAGGACCCUGUGUCUGCCCCCUCCAGCAGCUGGAAAUCUGAAGCCUCCACUUUCAGCGGCAGUGGCGGCGGCAGCCGCAGCUGGAAUCCCUGACACCUCCUCCCACACAUGCCUAAGUGGACCAAAGGCCAAGGCUGUGGUGACCCCAAGGCAGGUGACAGGGGUGGUCAAGGUCCCAUCCCGCUCCUAUUUGACUGAAGGAAAGAUGAAAUGUUUCCCCCCAUCACAUCUAGCGGCUGGGGCUCCCAAGGCUCCAGCCCGGCUUCCUUUGCAAAGUGAGAAAAUCAAAGCCUUCUCCCAGAAACAGGUAAAAACAGAAACAGCAUCUCACACCAAUGUGGCCAUGGCAAUGGCCGAGGCUAUGACCUGGGAAAAAGAGGCUGAGGACAGGAAAAAGCAGGCCCACCUGGCCAUGGAGGUCAUGAAUGUCCCCUCCCAGGUAUAUGUCCCUGUUGGAACAGCUGUGGCACAUCCGGCUACAUGUCCGGCCAAAGUUCUGCCUCAGGCACAGCCAGCCCCCUGUUUAACCACAGCCUCAUCCCAGGGCCAACUGCUUGCCGAGCUGACCAAGGCCCUGCCCCAGGCCCACUUGGGCACAUGUCUGUCCAAGCCCCUGUCCCAGACACCUCUGUCUACGGAGCUGACCACGGCCCCACCCCAGGGACAUCCAUCUGCUGAGCCGAUCGCAGCCUCAGCCCAACCGCAUCCGGGCACGCAUCUGUCCAAGGUACAGUCCCAGGCCCAUCUGCCCACCAAGCUGGCCAAGGCCCCAUCCCUGGCACACCCAGGUUCAUUUCUGACCAAGGCACAGUCCCAGGCACACCUGGCCACAGGAGUGAUCAAGGUACAAUCCCAAGCCCAUCUGCCCACAGGGCUGACUAAGGCUCAGUCGCAGGCUCAGCUGGUCACAGAAACAGCCAAGUGCCUCUAUGGAGCCCGCCAAGCUGCUGAGCUCAGCAGCAAGACCCAGUCACAGCCAUUCCUGGUUGGGUUCAAGGCCUCCACCCAGCCCUGCCAGCACAGCAUCCUUGGCACUCUACCCCGAGCCAAGCCAGAGGACAGACUCACCCAGCUCCCGUCCCACGGCUAUGUGCAGGGCAAGGUCACCCAGGGCCCAUGUCAUGGGGCCUCGGAGACCCAGAGCAUGCUGGCGCCUCUGCUGGCAUCUGCUGGACACACCACCUGCAAUGUUGAAUCCUGGGGGGACAGUGGGGCUGCCCGGGCCCAGCCAUCAACAACCAGCCCGGCCCCACCCUGCCAGGAGGAGCUGGCGGCCUCUCAGCUUGCCUCCCUGUGUGCUGAGCUGGCUGCCGUUUUGGGCUCCCAGGAUGAUCUCCGUGCCCUGCUGGCCAAAGCCCUCUCCCAGGGGGAAGUGAGGGCGGCCCUGAACCAGGCCCUGUCCAAAGAAGUCUUGGGAGCAACAGUGGCUAAGGCCCUGCCCCAGGGCAUCCUGGGCACGGCGCUGGUGAAGGCACUGUCCUGGGGCGAGCUGGGUACCACCCUGUCCCGCGCCCUGUCCCGGGGCGAGCUGCGGGCGGAACUCACCAAGGUCAUUCAGGGCAGACUGGCUGACGUGCUGAGCAAGGCCCUGACGGAGGAGGAGCGGGCCACCCUGAGCCAGGCCCUGUGUCAGGGGGAGCUGGGAGCAGUCCUCAGCCAGUCUCUGUCUCAGGCAGCCCUGAGGUCUGGAGUUGUCCUUCCCAAGGCUGCCUCGAAAACGGCUGGAAGUGGGAUGACUGUGAUGCCGAGCCCAGUGGAGGUGGACUACAGGGGAAACCAGUUGGCCUCCUGGGGGCCCAGCCUGGGCCCCAUGAGACUACAGCCCAACAAGGGCCCUGAGGACGCUGGCGUGUCUGGUGGCCAAGCGUGGAACUCCGCCAUCCCCAGUGUCGCAGUCGGGCCCAGGAACAGCACCAUAGUCCCUGGUGGCACAUGGGAGCCAGCCAGGGGCACUGUGCCAUGGGAGGCCACGGGCGGCAAGGCGGCGGUGGAUCCCAGCCAGCCAGGGGAGCUGGUGGCGUCGGUGCAGGCUGUGGAGAAGAUAAUCAUCCAUGCCGCGGUCAUUAUCCAGGCGUGUACGCGCGGCUACCUGGUGCGCCGUACCAUCAAGGUGUGGCACCAGUGGGCCAUCAUCAUCCAGGCUGCCUGGCGAGGUUACUGCGUGCGGCGGGACUUGGCCCAGCUCUGUAGAGCCGCCACAAUCAUCCAGGCUGCGUGGAGAGGCUUCUGCGUCCGCCGGAGCCACACCCAGCAGAUGCUGCUCCCAGCUGUGUGGGCUGCAGUGGGCGGGGGUGGGGGUGGGGCCAGGUCAAUAUCUGACCACCGCUGCUACCAGUCCUGCCAGCCACACGCUUGUAGCCUCUGCCAGUCCCUGAGCUCUGGGCUGGGGAGCCCACCCAGCGUGGUGAUGCUUGUGGGUUCCAGCCCCCGUACAUGCCACAUGUGUGGCCACACCCUGCCCACGCGGGUGGUGCAAGGUACCGGCCGGGGUGCUGUAGUCCAGGCCAGCAUGCCACGGGGCUGCAGCAUCCAGCCAACCUCCCGGAGCCCCCCGCAACCCCAUAGCCAGAACAAGGCAGCCACCACCAUCCAGUCCUCCUGGAGGGGCUUCAGGGUACGCCGCCAGCUGAAGCAGCAGCAGGUAGCAGCUAAGAUGCUUCAAGCGAGCUGGCGUGGUCGCUGCACCCGGGCCUCCCUCACCACGGAUGCGCUCUUGGGCCCAGCAGCAUGGGACAACUCACGGCACACGCAGUGGCCAGGCGUCUAGGACAUUGGCUUACCGGUGGGGGGACACCAGGGCAGGAGCCAUGUGGCUCUCUGGGUCUAAUGAAUAAAGCCCUCCACAGCCUGA